CACGAUGCCUGCCUGCUUUCAAUUUUGCAGUUUCCGCGAAGCAAGGUCCAUUUCUUGCUGGUACUGAAGGAGCGCCAUGGCGAGGAGCGCGAAGGACCGCCUGCUGGACUGCCUGGAGAACUUGAACGAGGGCGAGUUGAGGAGGUUCAAGGCUAAGCUGAACGGGUUCCCCAUCUCCAAGGGCUACGACAACAUCCCCCGAGGGCGGCUGCAGAAGGCGGAUGCGCUGGACCUCAAAGAUCUGCUCAUCAGCUUCUACGCCGAGGAGUACGCAGUGAAGCUGACCGCCAAGGUGCUGAAAGCCAUCAACUGCAAGGACCGCGCCGAGGAGCUCCUGGCCGCCGCCGGGAAAAGUAAGGAGCGGCUGGGGAGGGAGCGCAGCGGCCAGGGUGAUCUUGCGCCCCUGGCAGAAGGGUCCAGAUUGCGCCCCCUAGCCACGGAGAAAUUAGCUCUCUCCUCCAACCCUCCCCCUUCCACCCAUUCAAUUCCUUACGCAUUUCACCUUGCAAGGAAUUCUUUCACAGACAAUCCAAUAUUUAAUUUAUUAUUUCUUAGUAAAAUGUUUCCGGGGGCUGCGAAGGACCCUCCAGCGCAGCCAGCAGGUAGAGCCCCUUCUUGCCUGGGGUCCACCCCUUUUCGACUUCCCUGAGCCCAGGAGAGCCCCCCUCCGCGCCCCAACCCCCCCGGGUGUUUCCUUUCCUGAUUUAGCAGAGGAAGAUUUUCCUCCGCCUUUGAAAGGGAGUUGCCGGCAGCUUCCCGGCCCCGCUUGAUUCCUCUGAGCGGCCAAUGCCCCCCCGGUUCGGGGCAGCCGUCGACGGAUCUUCCUCCGCUCCCCUGAGGGCCCUGGGUCAGUCGGUUCCGCGGGACAGCCGCUCCAGCGCCCUUCUUGUCCUUCCUCCUCCAGGGCUCAGGAUGCCUUGCAAGGGCCAGGGGAAGAAGGUGCCGCCGGCGCAGGCAGCCGGGACAGGACGCGCACCCCAGAGAGGACGCACAGCCCAGAGAGGAGGAGCAGCCCCCCGAGGAUCAGGCGCAGCCCAGAGAGGACGCGCAGCCCCCCGAGGAUCGGGCGCAGCCCCCCGAGGAUCGGGCACAGCCCAGAGAGGAUGCGCAACCCCCCGAGGAUCGGGCGCAGCCCAGAGAGGACGCGCAGCCCCCCGAGGAUCGGGCGCAGCCCAGAGAGGACGCGCAGCCCCCCGAGGAUCGUGCGCAGCCCAGAGUGGAGGCGCAGCCCCCCGAGGAUCGGGCACAGCCCAGAGUGGAGGCGCAGCCCCCGGAGGAUCGCUCGCAGCCCAGAGUGGAGGCGCAGCCCCCGGAGGACCGCUCACAGCCCAGAGUGCUUUCUGGCUACCCUUUAGCUUUGGCCCUGGCAGAGGUGGAUACUAAGGAUGGCGAAGGUGGGUCUGGAGGGGAGCGAAACUUUUGCCUCGUCCCGAGUUCGGCGAGUUGCCGCGAAAUGAGAUACUCCGGUGGUUUAAAGCGGCAGUAGAGUAAAGGUGGUUGAGGUUCAUUAGCGCUUUUGCUACAUUUUGGGGAAGGGGGACGACUUACUUAGCAAAACUGGGGAGUAGGUUCUUCCACUGAAAGCCUCGUCUUGCCGCAUAACUGCCCUUUUCGCUUCUCUCUCUAUCUCACUUUGUAAAUGAACCAGGAAAACCACAACACAAUGGCAGGAAAUUGCCUACGUCACACAGUUUCCUAUGUAAUUUUCUUAACCUGUCACCAAGCAAUUAACUGGCUAAACUGGCCUACUGCGCAAUUGUUGUCAUCGUUUUAUUAUUAUUGCAAUAACAACAUAAGGGUUCAGGCUCCCUUCCAACUCUACAGUUCUAGGAUUUUUUUUUUUUUUUUAAAUCAUCUUUAUUGGUUUGUCAUAAAUUCUCAAAAAUCUUUCUCAUACAUGUCAACAUCCACAAUAAGCAAAUAAAAUCUCAAAACAUUCAACAUUCAAAA